CCCCCGCAUGCCCACGGCCGCCGGUUCCAUUGGCCUCGGCGGUCACACGUGGCGCAGGGUGGGGAGGAAGCAGCUGCAGCCCUCUCCUGCGCCUCCCUCCCCCGCGCUCUCAGCCAGCCAGCCAGCCGCCGGAGCAGAGAGGGAGAGGCUGCCUUCCGAGCCAGCACCAUGGCAUGCCUGACGGUCUACAGCACCUCGGUGACCGGCUCGCGGGAGAUCAAAUCCCAACAGAGUGAAGUGACCAGGAUUCUGGAUGGAAAGAACAUCAAGUACAAUCUGGUGGAUAUUUCCCAGGAUAAUGCCUUGAGGGAAGAAAUGAGGGCCAAAUCAGGCAACCCGAAAGCCAUUCCUCCUCAGAUUUUCAAUGGUGACAGGUACUGUGGGGACUACGAGUUAUUUGUGGAAGCGGUGGAGCAGAACACCCUGCAGGAGUUCCUGAAGCUAGCCUGAGCGUGUCGUUUCUUCCCCCCCAACCCCCUUUCCCCCUCCAAAACUUGAACUUUGCAUUCCGGGAUGGCUCGCCUCGUAACCUCUUUAAGUCAACAUCAAACCUGUCCCAGUCCUGUGUGACCAAACCUCCCCCCCCCCCUCCAGCUGCCAGACUUCUGUUGCCUGCUUCACUCAGUACGGCCGUGAAAGCGAACCCACCAAAAGACACUUUGCACAUUCCCUCGAAUGCAGCUGGGCCUUGUUUCUAGUGCCUCUCUGGACAGAGAAAUCUGCCCAUUCCAAGGAUGUUAUGAAUCAGAGCUCUUCUUCCCCAUUUUGUUAUAAAAGCUGAAUGUGGGCUUGGGGUGCUGUCUCUGACGUGCAAACACUCAUUUCCACAUGUCCUCUUUGGUUCUAUUGCAGGAAACAAGCGUGGCAGAAAUCCUGUUUUUUUCCCUUUUUUGUUACACAGUAAUGCAAAAGCUCUGCAUCGGGUUGUUGGCUGAAACAUCCGUCUGGCCAGAGGAAUAGGGGUUGUGUAUGUCUUAAAACUACUUCAGUGUAGCCCAGACUUCUCUUAAGGAAAGCAGUUUUAAGCCAAUAGUGAGAUCUCAAGAUUCCUAUUUAGGGCAGUCACGGAAUGCCCUGCUAGAAUUCAGAUCCAAACUGAUGCUUUCCUUUUGGGACUGGGCAUUUUGCAAACAUGGACCAAGUGCAUUUUUGGUUGUUUUUUUUGUGAUUUUUUUUUCCCUGCUAAAAGCAAAGUUUGUAAAUAGGCACUCUCUUCUGAGAUGCUAUUAAAUGUUCUUAAAAACCU